UCUAAUAUUGAUCUUAAUUGUUUAUUAUUGUCUUCUAUUAUAUUUAUUAGAUUUUCUUGAUAUUUAUCUAUUUUCUUUCCUAAUUUUUCUAGUUUUAUCAAAAUAUUUUCAGUAACCAUAAUUUUGUGAGGUGAAUACCAGUUCAUACACUUUGGAUAUUAGUUAGUAUCUUCUAACAAGGGCUUGUUAUCAUUUUAACUUUUUCGAAUGGUUGAUGAUGGUCUUGUAACUUUUUGUUUUUUGGUUUUUAGUUGAUGACCAUGAGGAGGGUUUGGGCUGAUUACUAUCAAUAAGCUACUGGUGGGCUUUUUUCUGACAUAAUCGAGUAAUCUGUAGGCCCAAGCUUCUUAUCAUCCGAAAUCAAAGUCGAACAAUCGUUGGAAGGAAGAAGAGCAAAGUUGGAUCUUGUUCUUGCCACAAGAGGAGAACCAAACGUUAACGAACAGAUCAAGCAGCACAGCAGCUUGGCCAAUUUCAGGUACAGCUUUCUCGCUUUUGUUCCUAUUUGCCCCCUGCAUCUUUCCUCGGCAAACCAAACGGGAUUGGCUUUCUCAGCCAAAUUUUCCGUUGCGGUCGCGAAAGUUGUCUGCUUUGAGCUAACUCAACUCAUCGUGGUUCGUUUUCAGAAAUCGCGAUCGAAUUCACAGCCAAAUCGAGAUGGGUUUUCUGGUAACUACGCUGAUUUUUGUAGUGGUGGGUAUAAUCGCAUCGCUGUGCACCAGAAUCUGCUGUAACAGAGGCCCCUCCACCAAUUUGUAUGCUUCCUCCCUUGGCUCCACUUCUCAUCUCCCAGUAUUUGCUGCAUUACUUUCUCUCUUCCUCAGAAAUUGUGUGCCUGACUGGGGAAACGUGAUUUUGUCCUAUUUUGUUCGAUAGAGGAAAUUGAUGGGAAUUCUUUGGGUUACUAUUGUGGAUCCUGCGCUGUAGUUUUCUUGAUUGAUCAAGUAUUGUGGUUGUGUUGGGAUAUUGGUAAGGCGCCAUUGGAAUUUAGAUCCAUUGGGGAAAUGUUUACUGAACAGUGUCAUGACUCAUGUAAUUCUUCUAGGUGCGCCAAGUCUUUUUAAGUCUGGAUCAAUAAGCUUAUUGUGUUCCUAGGGACUAGCAAGCGACUGCCUCGUGUAAUCAAGUGUGACACAUUAUUCUGCUAUUAGCAGUGAAACAUGGCCGGUGUUUGCCAGUUUUGCUUCCUUCAGGAGCUUUUGCACAUGUCCCGCUAAUUUAUCGGUCAGGUUAAGUUGUGCUACCAUGAAAGGUGUUGCAGUCUUGUAAUACGAGUGGUUUUACAUGUUUAGUCAGUUUCCACUUUUGCAGUUCUUUUAGGUCGUAUGCUUGUUUGAUAGCUGAUUAUCAAAUAGAUGGUAUUAUUGCCUGAGUUAUAGCAAUGCAGAGUCCUAGGCGGGUGUUUCUCUUGGCAUGAAUGCUUAUUCCGUGGUUUAUGAUAGGCCCUUGUUUAUUUUUUCAUGUUAGAUAUAUGUUUGUGUCUUGACCUUUCUCUUUUCUUUUAGCAAUCUCUUAGGAAUUUGUUAUAUUGUUUUCAUAUUUUAUCUGGUAAAUUGAGUAACUACUCGAAUGAUCAUAUGAUGUAGUGGAUUCUCUUGAUCGUUUCUUUAGUCAACAUAUUGUUACCAUUCCUCAAUAUGGCUAACCUUGGUCUUCUGAUGCAGAUUGCAUUUGACAUUGGUAAUAACAGCAACAGUUAGCUGCUGGAUGAUGUAAGUUCUAAUUCUACUUCUUUCCUUCAUUUUAUUUGAUUUCAAUUGUAUUUCAUAUUCUGUGAACAAUGUUUCAUCCAUGUGUCCAUCUUUAAGAAUUAAGAUGAUACACAGUAGAGUGUAUUCUAGAACCCUAUUGCCGAAUCACUAUCCAGACUGUUAUUUGUGUUGUGUUGCUUGGGCCAUACACUUUUAAGCGAUACAAGCCUGAGCAAACAUGUGGGAAUUACAAUGGGUUUGUUAUCUCCUCUCCUCAAAUGAGGAGAAACCCUAAACUGGUUCUUGCAAUCAUGUGACCUUCUACCAAUGUUUAGAUCCUAUACAACUCCAUGAAACACGGUUGGAAAAGAUGGGAAAAUCACUUGAAGCUGUCGUCAUAGAGAGCUGGAUACAAGUUUGUGUUGAAACCUGUACCCUGUUCCCACUGAUAAAUUGUUAGCCGAAAACCAAAUUUCAGCAGCUAUGUUGUUCUUGUUGUCUGCUGCUCUUUCCAAAUGGAAAAAUGGUUUUUCAGUCCAUAAAUUUACUGGUUCAUCAAUAUCUCGGUAAGGGCAAAUCGACUUUGUGAGUAGUAAGAUCUAGCUGCUAUGUGGCACACAAAUUUUAAUGGCCGCCACAUGAGCUUCUCAAUAAUUGUAAUCAAGGAACUCGUAGGAAACUGUCUUUGUUAUAAAAGGCAGUUGUAUUUGAUUACUUAGCAGUAUUGGGAAUGCCAGUGAACAACUUUGUGCUAAAUUGGUUGGGGGUCAUGAUUUUAUCAUGGUUAAUGACAUUUGUUAGUUUUCUUCCUAAAAUUUACUUAUCCUGUUAUUAUUUUUUCGGCUCAACUCAUGCGUAAUCAAUCGCGCCGUACUGAUAUCUCUGUUGUGAGCAGGUGGGCUAUUGUAUAUCUUGCACAGAUGAAACCGCUGAUCGUCCCAAUCCUAAGCGAAGGGGAGUAGAAACACUCAAACAGAUGAAGAAGCCAGCCAGCCGAGGAUGUUACUGGAUUAUUAUGUGCAGUCUGUGGCCUGAGCGAUAUCUGAGUUUAGGGUGGGCUUUGAAGGAUUGGUUGCUGUCUCCAUAUUUUGAGAUCUCUGUGUGUAAUUUUAUCACUAUGUAACUUGGAAUUGGUUCUUUGGUUGGUUCCGUCUUCUCAUUCCAAUUCUUAAAAAGGGGAAAUGUAGCACGUAAAACAAAACGAUUCUAUCAGACAAAUAUGAGCCUAGAUAUGUAUUUUGGGGUUAAAUAAUUAUAACUUCCCAGAAAGAGUGCCACUUCCAUUUAUGCUGAACCCUUAUAUUGCUGCUACUAUUUUUAUGUUUCUUGCUAGAUCAAUUCUAUCAAUUCUUUUACACAUAAAAUGUGGUGUUUGUUGAUUACCUGUGGAUUGAUCUCUUCAAUCCUUGUUUGAACAAAACGCUCCUAUCACUGUCAAGUUUGUAGUUGAUUGAAAACAAAACUUUUGCGUUUACCUUAUAUUUGGGUUGUCGAUUUCAACAAAACUCGAAAAACGACCCUAACCUGCAAACAACACUGUUCAGGUCUUUGAUAUUGCGGUUCUCGGUUCCACGAUAUCCGGUGAAUUUGGUUUCGCUUUAUGAUAAACCGCCACACCAAACCGAACAUCCAGCCCUAGUUCUGCAGCACUUCCACGAUGCCGUAUUAAGCAAUAUGUAAAGGAGGCACAGUAAGAGGUGGGUCCCACCCAAUCUUUCGGAGAGAUAAUAUCGGAUGGUUUUCAACCAGAAAGUGAUUGGAAAAUGGAAGAAAUGAAGAAAAUGUUUGGCAAAAUCCAACUGACUUUGUUGGAGCUGAACUGUGUCUUCUAAAACCCUAAAAACCUUCUUUUUCUCCCUCGCGUCUCCCUCACUCAACGCGACAAGUGCCCACACAGUCCGAUAACCAGUGAGAAAUGGCGACACUUCAGUUUCAGCCACAGCUUCAGCUGGCGAAACCCAGCUCCUCUUCUUCAUCCUUUUCUGCCGUGUGCCUGCCUCAGCAGAGGCCAUGUUCUGCGCAUAGAAGUAAGCGGAGGGGAAGUACGUACAGGUCAAGGAGUUCGGGAUAUGGGAAUGUGAGCUGCUCCUUUUCUCAAAUGGAGAAUGCCAAGAUUAAGGUAGUGGGCGUCGGCGGUGGCGGCAACAAUGCCAUUAAUCGUAUGAUUGGCAGCGGCUUGCAGGGGGUCGAUUUCUAUGCGAUAAACACAGAUUCUCAAGCACUGUUGCAAUCUGCGGCCGAAAACCCAAUCCAAAUUGGAGAGCUUUUGACUCGUGGAUUAGGUACUGGUGGGAAUCCCCUCUUGGGAGAGCAGGCUGCAGAGGAAUCGAAAGAAGCUAUAGCCGAUGCUCUGAAAGGGUCUGAUCUUGUGUUCAUAACAGCUGGUAUGGGUGGUGGAACAGGAUCUGGUGCUGCUCCUGUUGUGGCUCAGAUAUCAAAGGAGGCAGGCUAUCUCACUGUUGGUGUAGUCACAUACCCUUUUAGUUUUGAAGGCCGGAAAAGAUCUUUGCAGGCAAUGGAAGCUCUAGAAAAAUUACAGAAGAAUGUUGAUACACUGAUAGUGAUACCAAACGACCGCUUGCUUGACAUAGCUGAUGAGCAGACUGCACUUCAGGAUGCUUUCCUUCUUGCUGACGACGUCUUACGCCAAGGUGUUCAAGGAAUCUCUGAUAUUAUCACUAUACCUGGGCUGGUGAAUGUUGACUUUGCUGAUGUAAAGGCAGUGAUGAAAGAUUCUGGAACUGCAAUGCUUGGAGUUGGGGCUUCCUCUGGGAAAAACCGAGCAGAAGAAGCAGCUGAGCAGGCAACUCUGGCACCUCUGUUGGGAUCGUCCAUCCAAUCGGCUACUGGAGUUGUUUACAACAUAACUGGUGGAAAGGACAUAACGCUGCAAGAAGUAAAUAGAGUGUCGCAGGUGGUGACAAGUUUGGCCGAUCCAUCUGCAAACAUAAUCUUCGGUGCAGUGGUUGACGAACGCUUCAAUGGAGAGAUUCAUGUGACCAUCAUUGCAACUGGCUUCUCACAGUCGUUUCAGAAGACGCUUCUAACAGAUCCCAAGGCAGCCAAACUGCUUGACAAGAUGGCAGCAGGGAACCAAGAAACUAGCAAAGAAAACCCUCUUCCUCUCAAAGCUACUGCUGCUGCAACUUCGGCCACGGCUUCUCCAAGAAAGCUCUUCUUUUGAUCCUUUCUUUUCCCCCCCUCAAUUUCCUUCUUCCUCUCUUUCGGUUCAUUAUUGAGAUGGAGUGGUUUCCUCCUGCAAUGCAGCUGUGUAUUGAUUGUGAAGCUCCUCAAGUUGUAAAAUUUAUUUCUCUAUUCCAUGCUUGUUUUAGUUACUUAAUUUAAGCUCUGGCAAAUAAUAGUAAGCUCCAGUAUCGACAUGAUAAUGGUUUAAAAAGGGCUAAGGUUCGUUUACGUUCGAAUCUCAGGUUGUGGAUGAACUCAAUAAGUCAAGUCAAGGAUG